AUGCUUACUGCCUUGCCCCUGCAGCUAGGUUGGCAUGACUUCAGGCACCCCACUCUGUCCUCCUGUGACUCAUUCUUCCGCUUCUCCGUUACAGACCAGAUGUUUGCCAUUCAGCCAGGGCUAACUGAGGGGGGCCAGUUCCUGGGGGGCCCACCCCCUGGGAUAUGUCAGCCCGAAUUCCAACCAGACAGCAACUCCAACUUCAUGGCAAGUGCCAAGGAUGCCAAUGAGAAUUGGCAUGGGUUGCCAGGCAAAGUGGAACCCAUCCUGACGGGCAGCUCCCCUGAGUCGCCCUCUGACAACCAGGCCUUCCAGGUCUCUGGACUCCCCGAGGGGGAGGUUCGCAGUCCCCCAGAAGGAGCAGAGAUUCCCAGGGCUGAGCCUGAGAAGAUGGAUGGUGUCAGCACAGCCUGCUCCCCACUGGAGGACAACGGCUAUGCCAGCAGCUCUCUGAGCAUUGACAGUCCUAGCAGCAGCCCUGAGCCUGCCUGUGGGACCCCUGGAGGUCCUGGCCCUCCAGACCCCCUUCUGCCCUCAGUGGCCCAGGCGAUGCAACAACUGCAGACUCAGGAGCGCUACAAAGAACAAGAGAAGGAGAAGCACCAUGUGCACUUGGUGAUGUACCGUCGCCUGGCCCUGCUGCAGUGGAUCCGGGGCCUGCAGCACCAAUUGGUUGACCAGCAGGCCCGUCUGCAGGAGAGCUUUGAUACCAUUCUAGACAAUCGAAAGGAGCUUAUCCGUUGUCUCCAGCAGAGGGCAGCACCAUCCCAGGACCAAGGCUAA